UAGUCUUGCCUCAGCUAUUUGAGUACAGAAAUUUGUGGGAGCAUCCAUGCCCAUCAUUGGGGCUGCAUUUGAGUUUGUUGAUUUCAAGUUAGAAUUGUAAAUUUAAAAUUGUUAGGCAAGAGCGAGCCAGAUAGCUCAGAGGGUAAAGCUUUAUGACUUGAGUUCAAUCCCUAGAAAUUCAUGUUGGAAGAAGAGAACCAGAUUGAGCAGUUUGGCCUCUGAUCUUGUGCUCGCACGCGCGCACUCACACACAUUAAAUGAAGUAAAAAGAGUUUAAGGUAGAAAGAGUCCCUCUAACUGAUUAUUGCUUCUUUAUUUUCCUGACUCUUUUGGUCUAGGAGAAAUAUGACUCAGAAUUCCAUAACUGCUCCCGUGUUUUUCUCCUUCCCAGCUCACGGAUGAUUGACAUCCAGACCAAGAUGACUGAGCGAGCGCUGGAGCUCCUCUGUUUACCAGAGGGUCAGCCCUCUUACCUGUUAGACAUUGGCUGCGGUUCUGGACUGAGUGGAGAUUAUAUCUCGGAAGAGGGACACUACUGGGUGGGCAUUGACAUCAGCCCUGCCAUGUUGGACGCCGCGUUGGACCGAGACACAGAGGGGGACCUGCUGCUAGGGGACAUGGGCCAGGGUGUCCCUUUCAGACCGGGCUCUUUUGAUGGCUGCAUCAGCAUCUCUGCCGUGCAGUGGCUCUGCAACGCCAACAAGAAGUCGGACGUCCCUGCCAGGCGCCUGUACUGCUUCUUUUCUUCCUUGUACUCUGCCCUUGUCCGUGGGGCCCGAGCUGUCCUGCAGCUGUACCCUGAGAACUCGGAGCAGCUGGAGCUGAUCACAACCCAGGCCACGAGGGCAGGCUUCACUGGUGGCGUGGUGGUAGACUUCCCCAACAGUGCCAAAGCAAAGAAGUUCUACCUCUGUCUGUUUUCUGGGCCUUCUACCUCCCUGCCAAAGGGGCUGACUGAAAGUCAGGAUGCAGACCAGGCCUCCGAGUCCACGUUUACCAGUGAGCGGGCCCCACACAAGAAGGCACGGAGGGACCUGGUAAAGAAGAGCNGGGAAUGGGUCCUAGAGAAGAAGGAGAGGCGCAGGCGCCAGGGCAAGGAGGUCAGACCUGACACCCAGUACACCGGCCGCAAGCGCAAGCCCCGCUUCUGAGUGCGCUGUAUCUAAUCAGUUGGAGAUAGAGCCUGGCCACCCACACCUGCAGCCAGUCCUGCAGCCGUCCUGGCCACCCACUCUGUUCAGAGAGUGGGAGCUGCCCAGCCCAGGACCUGCCUCGGGAAUUCUCUGGACUGAACUGUUUACCUCAGCAGCUAGCAACAUAGUAUUUUAGAAAAGUUGGGAGGCUCUCAAAAUAUUUUUUCACUAAAAGAGUUCCAGGGAUCUGGGUUUGGCAGCUCAGAUCCUGUAAUCCCAACACCCUCCCGGGAGUCUGAGACAAGAAGAUGGAAAGUUCCAGGCCAGUCCAGACUACACAGCAAAAACCUGUCUUACAAAAACAAAAAGAAAAGAAUUUCUAAGGAUGUUUUAUUUUGUCCUAAAUGCAUUAAAUGACUUUCUAAGUAA